AUGUCCAUUUUUUUUCCCUCCCUCAUACAACGUAUUGCCACCGCGGGCAAGCAGCUGCAUGCAGAUCUGGCAGAGGAAAUAAGAGGUGGCAUUAAAAAACACGGAGAAUUGAACAUAAGAGCCCUAGAGAGCAUGGCGUUGCUCCGUUCGACUGUGUAUGAAGCGCUGAGGAUCGAUCCACCCGUGCCGUUCCAGUACGGGCAUGCGAAAGAGGACCUGGUAGUGGAGUCGCACGAUGGGAGAUAUGCGGUGAGGAAGGGAGAGAUGCUUGGUGGGUAUCAGCCCUUUGCAACCAGAGAUCCCAGAGUGUUUCAUUACCCCGAUGAUUUUCCUCCCCGGCGUUUCAUGGGAGAGGAAGGGGAGAAGCUGUUAAAAUAUGUGAUGUGGUCGAACGGGCCGGAGACUGAGCAGACGACGGUGCAUAACAAGCAGUGUGCGGGGAAGCACUUCGUGGUGAUGAUAUCACGCCUGCUGGUGGCGCAUCUGUUCGUUCAUUACGACUCGUUUGAGAUCGACCCAUCCACCACGACAAAAGUCGUUCUUACCUCGCUGCAAAAGGACACUUCUUCAUUCCCCUUCUCUCAGUUAAAUGUAGGAGCCUAG